AUGGCCCGUGGGGCCGGUGGUUUACUUGACGGUGGAUUUGUUUUCAAACUUGGCCGCCUCUUUAGGACUCCUUACGGUGGGGAGGGUGUUGACUUCAUUGACCAACUUAAUUACCAAUUCACUGGUGGAUUAAUUCUUAUUUUCAUCAUCAUUAUCAGUCUAAGGCAAUACGUUGGUAAGCCUAUUCAAUGUUGGGUUCCUCCAGAAUUCACUCGAGCUUGGGAGGAGUAUACAGAGAACUACUGCUGGGUUUCCAACACAUACUUCCUCCUUCCCCACGAAGACAUUCCCGCCGAAGAAUUAGAAUACGAGAAGAUAAAAUUCAUCGGGUACUAUCAGUGGAUGUCAAUAGUUUUGGCUGGUCAAGCAAUGAUGUCCUGGGUUCCACACCUUCUAUGGCGCGUUUGUUCUCGCCGACUUCCCCUUCUGCUCAAAUCCGCCAAGGAAGCUUCCAUUCCAGAUCGAGAAUUGCGUCUCAAGGCUGUUUCUUGUCUUGUAGCCACCCUAGAAGAGCAAGCAGAGUCGCAAUCUCGUUUCCGCCGCAUGAAAUCCUUUGUGAACCGCUGUCUUUGCGGCAUAGCUCCCAAUGCUCGACUAACCGUCCUCUUUCUUUUUGUUCGUGCCCUAUUUAUCGCCAACUGUCUGGGCCAGAUCUACCUGAUGAAGUGUUUUACUGGCUUCAAUAGCACCUUUUUUGGACUACAGCUGCUACAGGACCUCACCAAGGGCGAAGAAUGGGAUACAAGUGGACAUUUUCCCAGGGUCACAUACUGCAAUAUCAAAGUUCGAGUAAUGGGCCAGCCCAAGCCUGCCAGCUACUCCCUUCAAUGUGUCCUUCCAAUCAACAAUUUUGUAGAGAAAAUCUAUAUAUUCCUCUGGUUUUGGUUCGUCAUACUCUGCUCCCUGACAAUUAUGAAUACCCUUCAAUGGACCAUUAAUACCAUGCUUCCCGUACGACGAGUCUACUACAUCAAGCAGUACUUGAAAGCUCUCCGACUGAUUUCCAGUACAGAAGAACGAGAUUGCACAAGGUUCGUCAAUCAAAAUCUCGGCGCAGAUGGAAUUUUCAUACUUCAUAUAGUCUCAAAGAUUGCAAGUGAUCUAAUAGCGCUGGACGUAACGGCUACACUGUGGAAGAAUUAUCGACAGGCAAAAAUUACUGGAACUGAGGAGGAUGUUAAUAGAUUGCUAGAGACGGUUAAUCGAGGUUCUAGUGUUGUAUAG